AUGAUCAGACAUAGCCGACCGGAGUUUUUCAAUGCCGAACAAGCGAAAAUGCACCGAAAAUGCCUGCUUUCAUUAAUAGCUUAUAACAUGACACUUGUUCUACUCAAUAUGCCAAUAACAAUAUAUUUUACGCUGUAUUUAUUGAUCAGUAGCGUAGAAGAAACUGAUUCGAUGCCAGGAUUUGUGAACGGACUUAUGAACAUCGUUGAUCCGUGCUGUGAAUUUCUUUCUAGGCAUCAUGGGAUAAUCGCAAGUUUGGUAACAAUUAUUGUAUUACAUCCGUAUCGAAAGGCAUUUCUUUCGAUGAUACGCCUGCGAACGAACAGAAGCAAAAUUCGCGAUGUGAAAAUGGCAAACUGCAAUUUGCUUACUGCAACUUCGCGCAAUCAUCAAACGGUGCAGCCAAAUAAUGCCAAAACAAGUGGCUUCACGCCAAAAGGCGCCAAAUGGGACAGCAAUCAGCAGGAACGCAAAAGGUUAUGUGGACCAGGACCAGUGUUCAAACUAGCAUCUAUAAAUCAACAUAUAUUUCCGACAGCUUGUGAACCUCCAGUAAGAAGAGCCACCCGCUGA